UUUGCUUGCUCCGAUAGUUCCAGAGUGUGAGAGAGAGAGAGAGGGAUGAUCGAUAGGCGGGAGGUAGAAGAAUGUAAUCAGGACCUUUCGCCACCAAUCAGAAGAAGAAGGAGGAGGAGGUUUGCUGAAGGAAAGUCUACAGAGGAGGAAGGGAUGUGUUGAUCGAUUGGGUUUUCCGGAUAGUUGAAUUAGAAAUCCAUUGUUUUUAUAACUACCUUGAUUCCUAGGCAUCGUCCGAAACCCGUUCUCCUGAUUUGAGCUUAAUCCCUCCCUCAAUUUCAGUCUGUUCCCAGUUUGGGAAUUUCCGUUUCACCUUCAGAGUUUCAAUCUUCAAAGGUAAAAGGACUUUUGUAUUUGGUGCAUGUGAAGAGAUUUGGGAUUGUGAACAGGGGGCGGGAAGGGGAAGAAGAAAGUGAUCCUGGGUUAUUGGGUUUUGCUGUGAGGAGGAAGAACACCUCUGCGUUUUGGAUAACUCUGCUUAGUACGUUUAGCGUUCCUACUAAGCAGAGGCAGAGGUUGAGUUCAAUCUAGGCUUUAGUUUGAAAAGCCUUACCUCUGAGGAAAAUUAUAACAUGUCAUUAUUUUCUUUUCUUUGUCAGGAAAGGAAAUUCCAAAAGAGGCUGAUGUGCAAGGCCAAUGCUUGCGUGCUGAUCAUAACGGUGAUUGAGCAAAGGAGAAGAGGACGGCUUUGGGCCUGGGUUUGUGAUUGAAAUUAUCUGUCUGUUAAUGUAAAUGUACAAUGAAUGUAUAAAACUUAGCUAGCAAACAAAUCCGCAGUGUUUGUGAUUGAAAUGAUCUGCCUGUUAGUGUAAAUGUACGAUGAAUGUAUAAAACUUAGCAAGCAAUCAAACCAUGCUGCUGGAGAAAUUGCCUAGUAUGUACGAAAGGACUACCAGGUGACCCAAGAACAGAGCUGAAUAUAAAUGGAACCGCAGCUAUAUAUGCCUGAAUCUCGGUUAAGAUAUAUUAGAGUGACAAUGAAGAAUAGCACCAAGUGGGACUGGAGAUAAAGAUGGAGAGAGCCAUUUGGUAAACUUGCUGGAAGUAGAAUCAUCGUCCAUGUAAACAGGUCAAAAUGAGUUAUAACCGACAUUGUGUAAAAGAUAUUUUCUAGGCUAAACCGAGACAGAAAUAAACGAUGCAGAUCACAUCUAUUACCCUGCCUGCAUUAUUGGCCGUCCGAUUGCGGCCACGCCCGUUUCUUUUUUGGGGAAACAAUUCUUUCCUUUUUUAGGCGUUUACUAUUUCACCUCCAUUUCUGCUUGCUGUCGAGACCCAAAGCUUCAGUUUCUGCACCACGAAGCAAUUAAUUGAGCAGCUAGCUAGCUAUGAAUAAGAUAAAGAUUGAGAAGAUAGAAAACCUGCCGGCGAGGCAGGUGACGUUUUCAAAGAGGAGACAAGGGCUUUUCAAGAAAGCCGGAGCGUUAUCAGUUCUCUGCGACGCUGAGGUUGCUGUCGUUGUCUUUUCUUCUACUGGCAAGCUCUAUGAGUCCUCCAGCUCCAGUACGAAGGAUGUCAUUGCAAGGUACGAAUGCACUGAAGAUGUGGAAAAGGGCGACCAGCAGCCACCUCCUGAGCUCCAGCUGGAGAUUAAUGAGUGCAUGAGGUUGAAUAAGGAACUUGCGGACAAGAUCCUCGAGCAAAGGCGGAUGGAGGGGCAGGAUCUCGAAGAGCUGAAUAUAGAUGAAUUGCAGAGAUUGGAGAAUAGGAUUGAAGGAGGACUCAGCCGUGUGCUUCAAACUAAGGAUAAAAGGAUUAUGAGUCAGAUUCUGGCACUUGAAACAAAGGUUAGCAAGUUCAAUUUGAUGAGACAAGCUAGUGUACUGGGAGCAGAGUUGACAGAAGCAAACAACCAAUUAAGGCAGAGGGUAAAUAAGUUAGGGAUGCUAUCCGAUGGAAAUGGAAAUACUGGUGGUGUUGCUUUGGAGUCGGAGAUCUCAAUUGAUGAAGAAGGUAUGGCAUCGGAAUCUGCCACAGGUUCCGCCGGCUGCUACAGUAUUGGUUCUUCGACUUCUUCCCUUGAUGAUGACUCCUCUGACAACCCCUUAUCUCUCAAACUUGGGCUUCCUCGCUGUGGCUAAAACAGGGAAGGAUAUAUGGCAUCAUUAUUAAUUAGUGAAUAAGGUGUAAUUAUAUUAUGAUACUAUGUUACAUCGCUGUAUGUAUGUCUUAAAUUGGAAACCAAAUACGAGGGCAUGACUUCCAAACUUGCCUCUCAAGAAAGAUUUCUGAAGUUAUGGAAUGAACUAUAAUUAUUAUCCAA